AGCAUGUUUAUAAAAGCUAACGAUGUCCAGCGCUAGCGCACUCGGCUGCGGGAUUCACUUAGCAGCACUCGACACGGAACGAUGUUUUCAUUGGGAAUGUUGUUUUAUUCCCUCGUUGCGACUCUCCUGGUUGGAACAUCUUUACAGCAAGAUGAUCCUCCAGUGUGGGAACGUCACAUAACCUGUUCGAUACCGAACGAAUCAGUAGAUGGCAUUUGUGCACCGCCGAAUAGCUGCCCAGCUUUCCAGGAUAUCAACCAGGGUGCGCAACUUGGUACGGUUGGUCGCAUCAGCUUCAUCCGCUUGCUGCAGUGUGAUUCUGGGGAUGAAACCAUGAUCUGCUGCCCUCGGAGUGGAAGCUACAGGUCUCCUCAGUUCGAGACGAAUCUUCCGAAACGGGUGCGCAAUGCAACGCUGGACGUAGGAAACCGAUUCGGGGGUUCUUCGGACGAGUGUGGCUACCAGUCGUUCGGUGGGAAGAUCCAAGGCUCCAUUACCGAUAUCGACGAGUUUCCCUGGGCUGCUUUGCUGAUAUACCGCAAUGACUUCCAGGGCUGCGGGGGAGUUCUAAUAAGCAGGCGAUAUGUCCUCACAGCAGCUCACUGUCUCGCGGGGCGGAACUACGACAGAUAUGGCCCACUACAAUUUGUUCGUCUAAGGGAGUACGACACGCUGUCAGAUCCGGACUGUAUGGUGCUGGUGGUCGAUGGAGUUCCGCUGAAGGACUGCGCUGAGGAAAAGUUGGACGUCCGACCACGGUCCAUCAAGAUUCACCCCAGCUACGAACCGAACAGUGCGCAACAGCACCACGAUAUUGGACUGAUCGAGGUCAGCGUUGAUGUUCCGUAUUCGGACUUUCUUCGUCCAAUCUGUCUACCGGUGACCAAUUUGCGCACCACAUUUAAGUCCGGUUCGUUUCUCAGCGUUUGUGGCUGGGGAAACACCAACCUCUUCAACAAAGUUGUGAGCGAAAAGAGUCCCAUCAAGAUGAAAGCAUCGCUACCAUUCGUGGAUCACAACCGCUGCGAGGAAGCGUACACAUCUCAGAGGGUUUCACUGGUACCGGGACAGAUCUGCGCCGGCGGGAAGAAGAAUCGGGACUCAUGCGCAGGGGACAGUGGAUCGCCGUUGAUGUUCUUCGAGAGAAAGAGUUCCCGAUGGGUGCUGGCGGGAGUUGUUAGCCAAGGGGUUGCCUCUUGUGGGACCGCAAAUCGUCCCGGGAUUUAUACCAACGUGAGAGAGUACCUUCCGUGGAUCCAGGGGAUAACCGGGAUAUAAAAGAAACGUCUUCAUGAUCGAUUGAUGGGAAUAAACUUUCUAACUAACAGGGAAA